GCCCUAUGAUGGAGCUGGAGAUUAGUAGUGAUCGAAACGUUUAGGAAAUCGGAGAUGAAGCUGCAGUACGACUUGGAAGGCAAUGUUAUCGAACAGAGGAAAUCCCUAAUUAGCUGGGGAUCGAAGGUUGCGUUAUGUGGACUUUUGCUGGCAGUUUUGCUGGUUGGAUCUGCCGUCGGUUCGAUCAUCUUUCAGCGGUACUAUGAUGGAACGGAUGGCCUAAAUCCUGGUUUGUUGGACGACGAAGAAGUUACGGCUAGUCGAAAUAUCCGAAUUGAGGAGUUCGCAUUCGCUGCUGGUGAAAAAUUAACUACGGAGAAGAUCUUAUUGCAAGGAACGUUUGACGAUGCUUCCACUAAUCUAUCGCCAGUUAGUUAUUAUGCGAUUGAAAACGAACCAAUCAUUAGUUCAACCGUUGCAGAAGAUAUUAUUGCUGACGUGCCGGAUCAGAAGCCCUACUUCACCGAAAUUUACACAGUGGCGGAACCCGAACAGAACUCGGUAGUGGAAUCAGCUGUAUUGAAGUUCGAAAUAAACCAGGACGGACUGUCCGUUCACUAUGGCGAAGAUGAAGAUCGAAUGACAGAGAUCAGUAAGGAUUCACAGCUGGGUCAACUCGCGGGACACGUUUUACAGGAACUAUUUUUAACCGAAGACAAAAUGCACAGCUCUAACGAAGGCAAUGCUAACUCAGUAUCAUUGAAUUCACCUGAACAGAUAAAAUUGGACUCAUCCGAGGAAAAACUUGCCAAAUCUGUCGAUUCCGUUGGAAGUUCGGAAACAGAAAAUGAAAAGGAACACAGUGAGUAUGACGAGAUCGGUGAAACAGUGGAUGAAGAUGACUCCGAAUCACCCGAAGACGAUUCAAUGGUAGUCGUAAAAUAUGAGGCGAACGAAAACGGAAUCACAUUUAAAUACGGUCACAGUGACGAUAGUCUGAAGGAGCUUAGCGGAGACUCCAGCUCGUUAGUGGAACUUUUAUUGCAACAAUUAUUUUCGCUUGCCAGCGAUAUACAAGAUACUGACCAAAGUGGUGAUCUCAGUUCAAAUGAAGCUGACAAAGAGGAGAUCAGCUGGAGUUUGAUUCCGGGCAGUUUCCUGUAUCGGGAUGGCCACUGGACUUUUCGGCCGGCAGCGAAUGAAAACGGUGCCAAACAAGAGACUACUGAUUUAAGCUUAGAAAUCCAUUAUAAUGCAUAAUGCAGAUUCAAACAGUUGCUGUUCGAGAUAAGAGCUCGGAAGAAGUAGAUCUGAUAGUAUUGCUUUGUUUUAUUUAAGCUUGAUUAUUAUUGGGUAGGCAAGAAAGUCAUGUCGGAUGUUUUGCUCAAAAUUGUAGUGUAAUUUAUUAACAUACCAAAUAAAAAUCAAUGAUAUA